AUGGUGGCGGCCAAGCCGGUGGUAUGUGGCAUUGACUUGGGGGCAAGCGAGUCAUAUGUUGCAUACGUUGGCAAGGGUAUCGUGGACAUUGUGCAGAACGAGGUGUCCAAGCGAGCCACUUCCACUUUGGUGGGCUUUACAGACAGAGAGCGCCUUUUAGGCGAUGCGGCGCUGGCCCAGAUCCGGUCAAACGCCAAGAACACCUGCCGGGGCUUCAAGCACCUGUUGGGUCGCAAGCUGGAUGCGCCGGACGUGGAGAUCGAGAAGUUCUGGUCGACCUCGGAGCUGACGACCUGCGAGGAUGGCUUCGCUGGGUACAGCGUCAGCUACAAAGGCGACGCCAGGCAAAUGAUGGCCACGCAAUGCACGGCAAUGUACCUUACGCACCUCAAGGAGAACACCGAAAAGUGGUGCCAGGCGAAGGUGCAGGACGUGGUGAUUGCUGUGCCGUCCUCCUUCUCUGAUACGCAGCGGCAGGCCGUGCAAGAUGCAGCGCGCAUCGCAGGGCUUUCCGUGCUGCGCGUGAUGAACGAGCAUACGGCGACGGCCUUGGCGUACGGGAUCUACCGAUCCAACGACUUCGACCCGGAGCAGCCCAUGACCGUCGCGUUCUGCUCUAUGGGCCACUCCAUUUUUUCGGUGAGCAUCGUCCAGUUUGUGCGCGGGAAGCUCCGCGUCAUCAGCGAGAAGUCCGACAAGGUGGGCGGACGUGACAUGGAUGAGUGCCUCAUGCGAGAGUUCGCAGCCCAAUUCAAGAAGAAGGUGGGCUGCGAUCCGCUGAGCAACAAGAAGGCGUCCUUCAAACUGGAGGAUGCCGUCACCAAGACGAAGAAGAUUCUCUCUGCCAACAGUGAGGCGAACCUCUCUGUUGAGUGCCUCAUGGAGGACGAGGAUUUCCACAGCCAGAUGACGCGCGAGGACUUCGAGAAGAUGUGCUCUCCCAUGAUGGACCGAGUCAAGGCGGUGCUGCAGGGUGCGAUUGAGUCCGCCCAGCUGGAGCUCAGCCAAAUCGACAGCGUCGAGAUGGUGGGCGGCGGGUCCCGCGUUCCAUGGGUCAAGCGCCUGUGCUCCCAGGCUUUUGGCAAGGACCUCUCCACCACCAUGAACCAGGAGGAGAGUGUGGCCAGGGGCUGCGCCCUCCAGGCGGCGAUGUUGUCGCCGCUGUACAAGGUCCGGGACUUCGAGGUCAAGGACGUCUCGCCCUUCGGCGUCGGGCUUCGAUGGACGGACGGCGCCACGGCGGAGCUCGGAAGGAUGAUGCCCCUCUUUCCUGCUGGCUCAGCAAUGGACAUGGUGAAGAUGCUCAGCUUCUACAGGACUGGGCCCUUCAAGCUCCAGGCGGAGUUCCUGCCGGAGGCCCCACUGCCUCCCGGCACGGAGCGUGGCCUGGGCACCUACCAGGUGGACGUGCCAGCACAGACGGAGGCCAAGAAGGUCAAAGUGAAGGCAAAGCUCAGCAUGCACGGCACCUUCCUCAUCGACGCUGCCCAGAUAGUCGAAGAAGAAGAGUACGAAGAGACUGUCAAGGAGUGGCGCGAGCUCCCAGAGGAGGAGGAGGAGGCCAUGGAGCCGAAGGCUGAGGAGCCCCAAAAGCCGAAGGCCGAGGAGCCCAUGGCUGAGGAGCCCAAAGAGGAGGCCAAGGCCGAGGAGCCGAAGGCAGAGCCGACGAAUGGAGAUGCGCCCAAGGAAGAGGACCAGGACAAGCCCAAGGAUGAGGAGAAGAAAGCCGAGGAGGAGGAAACUCCCAUGGAGGUGGAUGCCAAGGAGGACAAGCCUGCGGAGCCUGAGAAGAAGGAGCCGCGCUACGAGUGGGUAAGCGUGGUGAAGAAGAGGAAGCGCCUCAGACGGACAGACCUGCAAAUCUCCGUGUCCGGAAAACCAGGCCUGUCUGAUGAGAUGAUGCAGAAACGUCAGGAUGAGGAGACGGCAAUGCAGGCGGACAUGCGCGAGAUCAUUGAAACGGACGAGAGGAGAAACGACCUCGAGAGCUACAUCUUCACCACGCGCAACAAGGUCCAGGGCGAGUGGGCAGACUUCGUGGUGCCAUCCGACCUGGCGCCUUUCCUUGAAAGCCUGCAAAAGGCGGAGGACUGGCUCUAUGACAACUUCGACGCGACCAAGAUCCAGUACAUCGAUAAGCUGGACGAGCUGAGAGGUGUCGGAGACCCGAUCCAGCGCCGGCACAAGGAGUUCGGCACGCGCGAGGAGUGGGUCACCGCGCUGCUGGGGACCAUCGGGAACUACCGCAAGGUGGCCCAGAACCCCGGCGAGAAGUACGGUCACAUUGCAGCCGCCAAGCUGGAGAAGAUCCUCUCAGCUUGCACGGAGCUGGAGACCUGGCUUCAGGAGAAGAAGACGCAGCAGGAUGGCCUCCCGAAGCACCAGAAGCCCGUGCUGACCACUGGAGAGAUGGACAAGAGGAAUCAGGAGCUUGCCAAGCUCUGUGACGACAUCUUGAAAGAGCCCAAGGAGAUCAGGGAGCCCAAGGAGAAGAGGGCCAGGAAGGAGAAGGGCGACAAAGGCGACAAAGCCGAGAAGGGUCAAAACGGCGAGGACGUCCACGCCGAGGCCAACAUGGAGGAGGACGGCGCCGAGGACGAGAGCAAGGAGGAGGAGCCGGAGCAAGCCAAGGGCGACGAGCCGCAGGAGGUUCACGACAAUCCUCAGAACAUGGAUGUCGACUGA